GCACGCAUGCACGCGCCGACGGUAUCAUGAGCGCGCGAGACGGCGACGGGUGGGGUGGAGGUCUCGGGGUUGGGGGCGGGGGCGUGCCCAGUCCGUGCCUCGCGUUUAAAACGCCUCGGGACGGACCUGCGAGGCACAGCAAAAGCCGCCGCGCACGCACACACACGCGCACACACAGACACGGGCGCGCGCGCGCUCACGCAUGCGGUUCCCGUAUGACAAGCGCACGGCUGGACCGAGCGGAUUUUUUACCUCCGAGCGCUGAGCAAGACUAACGGCUACCGAAGCGAAAGCCUCGCAGCAAUAACAACAACAACAACAAAGACGACCUGGAUGAAGUUCGCCGGCUUUGACGUGCACCAGCAAAGUUUUCCAUCCAACUCCAACACCACGACGCCCACGACGAAGCAGUGAGUCCCGCCUCCCGGCGCGAUCAGGCGGCAUCAUUUCCCGAGCGAGCGUCGUUCCUCAAGCGCUUCCAAAGUGUUCCUGCGACGCUUCCUGCGCAAGCGGCGACUGUGGGCCCGGGUCAUGGGCCGCUACGGCGGUACGGCGUCCUCCGAGGAGGCGCGCGCCAAGCCGGCUAACGGCUACGGCAAAGCGCGCGCGUGUCCGCGAUGGGAGAGCCGCUUUGUGAAGAAGGACGGCCACUGCAACGUUCGCUACGUCAACGUCAGCGAGAAGGGUCUGCGCUACCUGGCCGACAUCUUCACCACGUGCGUGGACGUGCGCUGGCGCUGGAUGCUGCUCAUCUUCUGCUCGGCCUUCCUGCUCUCGUGGCUCUUCUUCGGCUGCGUCUUCUGGCUCCUGGCCAUCUUCCACGGCGACCUGGAGGUCCACGCCGGCCACAAGUGCGUCUCCAACGUCAGCACCUUCACGGCCGCCUUCCUGUUCUCGGUGGAGACGCAGACCACCAUCGGCUACGGCUACCGCUACGUGACGGACGAGUGCCCGGCCGCCGUCUUCGCCGUGGUCUUCCAGAGCAUCGUGGGCUGCGUCAUCGACGCCUUCGUCAUCGGCGCCAUCAUGGCCAAGAUGGCCAAGCCCAAGAAGAGGAACGAGACGCUGGUGUUCAGCCACAACGCCGCGGUGGCCAUGAGGGACAACAAGCUGUGCCUGAUGUGGCGGGUGGGCAACCUGCGACGGAGUCACCUGGUGGAGGCUCACGUGCGGGCGCAGCUCCUGCGCUCCCGCACCACCGCCGAGGGCGAGUACAUCCCCCUGGACCAGACGGACAUCGACGUGGGCUUCGACAGCGGCGUGGACCGCAUCUUCCUGAUCUCGCCCAUCACCGUGGUGCACGUGAUCGACGAGGACAGUCCCUUCUACGGCGUGGCCAAGCAGGACCUGCGCGCCUGCGACUUUGAGGUGGUGGUGAUUCUGGAGGGCAUGGUGGAGGCCACCGCCAUGACCACGCAGUGCCGCAGCUCCUACCUGGCCAGCGAGAUCCUGUGGGGGCACCGCUUCGAGCCCGUGCUCUUCGAGGAGAACAACUACUACAAAGUGGACUACUCGCGCUUCCACGCCACUUACGAGGUGCCCGGCACGCCGCAGUGCAGCGCCCGCGAGUUGGCGGAGAACAAGUACAUCAUGUCCGCCUCGGGGUCCUUCUGCUACGAGAACGAGAUGGCCAUGGACGCUCGGGAGGACACGGACGAGGGCAACGGGGGCAGCGUGGGACCCGACGCCGUGCAAGACGCCGAGCACGAUCACGAUGGGACCGCCGACGCGUCGCUCAGGCGAGAGUCGGAGAUAUGAAGGACGGGGCGGGGCCCCUGUUGGGAGGCCAGUUCCGGUCCGGUUGGCGGGACGCUAAGGGACGAUUCCGCCGCACGCGUGACGAU